CAUAACGCAUAGCGAAGCGAGCUGCACCGCAGCGCCACGCCUGUCACGGCUCAGUCAGAGCGUGGUGGGUGGAGGAGAGAUUUUGUUUAUUUUCGUGGCCAAUAAGGCAUUCAGCUAUAUUCGGUUGGCAUAAAAAUCCUGGUUGAAUUUCAAUGAAGUGUUGUAGGUUGAUUAGGUGAACGUGUGCGGAGAAGACUGGUUAGUGGUCGUCUGACAUCGUGAGAUGCUGGAUUUCGGGAACAACAGAAAGGAAGGUUCGUCAGCGUCAAGUUGGUCUGUUAGCAAGCUAGCAACAAUAACCAAAACGUAAGAUAGCCAGUCAGGUUUUAGGUAGCCAAAGCUUUGUUGACUCCAUCUUCUACGAGUGGAUCUACGCUGCUUUUCUGAGAAUUACUGUGGCUAAACGUGGGCUGCUUUGGUUAGAGGAAUAAUUUCUCAUUGUCACUACAACAACAACAACAACAAAAAAACAUAAAAGACACAGCUGGAAAGCCCACCCAGUCCUGAAAACUACAAAGCAAGAUGUCAAUCACAAACACUCCUACAAGCAACGACGCUUGCCUGAGCAUCGUGCACAGCCUCAUGUGCCACCGGCAGGGAGGGGAAAGUGAAAGCUUUGCAAAGCGGGCCAUUGAGAGUCUUGUCAAGAAGCUGAAGGAGAAGAAGGAUGAGCUGGAUUCUCUAAUUACUGCCAUCACCACAAACGGGGCUCAUCCUAGCAAAUGCGUAACCAUACAGCGAACUUUGGACGGACGCUUACAGGUUGCAGGGCGUAAAGGUUUCCCCCAUGUCGUCUAUGCCAGACUGUGGCGAUGGCCGGACCUCCACAAGAAUGAGCUAAAACACGUGAAGUACUGCCAGUACGCAUUUGACCUGAAAUGCGACAGCGUCUGUGUCAACCCGUACCACUACGAGAGGGUUGUUUCUCCAGGAAUUGACUUAUCAACAUUGACCCUUUCAAAUUCAGGUCCUCUUAUAGUGAAAGACGAGUUUGAUUAUGAAAACCAGCAGUCGCACUCCAGCUCUGAAAGCCACCUGCAGACAAUCCAGCACCCUCCGUCGAGGCCCGUCCCCCCGGAUACGUUCAGCAACAACCCUCUGCUGCCCCCAUCGGAGGGCAGCACUGGAGCUUCCUCUUCUGCUUUCUCCACCAUUAGUGCUGGACCUUCAAAUCCCACUCCGAACUGGAGCAGAAACAGCAGCUUCCCCCCAGCGGUGCCACAACACCAGAAUGGGCACCUGCAGCAUCACCCCCCGAUGCCUCACACGGGCCAUUACUGGCCUGUUACCAAUGAAAUUGCAUUCCAACCCCCUAUAUCUAACCACCCAGCUCCAGAGUACUGGUGUUCCAUUGCGUACUUUGAGAUGGACGUCCAGGUUGGCGAGACGUUCAAGGUGCCGUCCACAUGUCCAAUAGUCACCGUGGACGGUUACGUGGAUCCGUCGGGAGGGGAUCGCUUCUGCCUCGGCCAGCUGAGCAAUGUCCACAGGACAGAGAACAUUGAGAGAGCAAGGCUUCACAUCGGCAAAGGUGUGCAGCUGGAAUGCAAAGGUGAAGGCGACGUGUGGGUGCGCUGUUUGAGCGAUCACGCAGUGUUCGUUCAGAGCUACUAUCUGGAUCGAGAAGCCGGGCGCGCCCCGGGCGACGCCGUUCAUAAAAUCUACCCCAGUGCUUACAUCAAGGUGUUCGACCUGCGCCAGUGCCACAGGCAGAUGCAGCAGCAGGCGGCGACGGCGCAGGCAGCAGCUGCAGCUCAGGCGGCAGCCGUGGCUGGGAACAUCCCGGGGCCGGGCUCAGUGGGAGGCAUCGCCCCUGCCAUCAGUUUGUCUGCGGCGGCGGGAAUCGGUGUGGACGACCUACGCAGGCUGUGUAUUCUGCGCAUGAGCUUCGUGAAAGGCUGGGGGCCCGACUACCCGCGGCAAAGCAUCAAGGAGACCCCCUGCUGGAUCGAAAUCCAUCUACACCGAGCUCUGCAGCUUCUUGACGAAGUUCUGCACACCAUGCCCAUAGCUGACCCUCAGCCUCUUGAUUGAAGUAACAUUCAACAAACUGUACAAAAAAUGAAAAUACAAAUGGGAGGAUGGGCGGGGGAAAUCAGUAGAAAAUGUAAAAAAAAAUACUCGUGACUGACCACUCCAUCUGUAGGCCUGGAGUGCUAAAGGAGGACUGCAAUCAUAUGAAUGUUGUAUAGCUCGUAGUUGAAGAAAGGACCUAAAGGCCGGCGGUAUACUCCAAACUGGAAAUCACACAGUCAGCAUUAGAAUCACUCAAUUUCAGGACGCUGCUGAUUGAGCACAUCCCAGUAUUUUUGAAAACAUUUUACCAGCAUCAUGCGAAUUAAAGUGUUGUCCCUCUUAACAUUGUGUAAAGCAAAGUCUUUAUCCAAAACAAUGAAAAAAUGUUUUUUUCUACAAUCAUAAAAUAUCCUCAAUAAUCCGUUUACUGUAACUUCUUGUCUGUUUGUCCUGAAUGUAUUUGUAGUUUGAGUAUACUGCUGGUAUGUUGGGCUGAAAAAGAGUUUCUCUAACAAGAAAGCCUUUUUCUCCCUCUCAGAUCAGGGCCUGUAUGGAAAACUGUAUGUUACUCAUUCUCUUGUAAUCUUUAAAAGAAAAAAAAAACAAACAGAUUUCAGUGAUAAGUUUAUAUUCUUUUAAAUAGUAAAAAAAAAAAAAAAAAAACACAGAAAGCCCAUUUAGAGCUCAGAAUCUUUCAGCUCCAUCGUUAUAUAUAUUUUUUAAUCACCAUUCAGAACUGUUACCACAAAAUGUUUUGAACCUUAAUUUUUGUUUUGUUUUCCUCUUACUAGUACUGAAAAUAUUUACAAACCAACAGAAAUAUCAUGUUUUGGUUGGGUGUCCGUUAGCACUUUAUCAGUUUCGUUUGCGUUUACUCAGCUGUAUCCAUAUAUUCUUAGUAUAGCUGAUAUUUUUCUUACUGCGUUCUGUAGAAAAAGAAAAAAUUGCUGUUGGCCCAAAAAGAUGAUCAAGUCUUUUAUGCUGAAAGUGGUUUGAGUGGUUAAAUAACAUCAAAGUGGCUGGAAUUACUGACAGACUUGGGUAAUAGACUUAUCUAAACAGCAGCUGGAAAAGUGUUAAAGGAACUGCGAGGAAGUGUAAGCCAUAAUGAUGCCAAAUAUACAUUUGGAGGGUCUUGUGAGAUGACCAGACUGAGGCGGUUUCAGUAUUACUUUGCUCAUUAAAAGUUUAGGUUUCUGGUUUGCUUUGCUCCGCAUGAUCACCACGUAUUCAGAUCUCUGUUAACCAACACAUAUGGCAGUAUUUUAUACACUUUUGCUACAUUUACAGUUAUAAUUCUGGUCAUUAUAGAUGUGUAUAUAUAUAUAUUAAAACAUAAUUGAAUGCUGUAAAACUUCCAGAGAACACUACUUCAUGCUCAUCUUCACAACGAUAUAAUAAAAGCUGAAUAUGUGGAGUUUGAAAGACAUUGGUGGUUAUAUGUAUGAAUAAAAACUAACAGGCCAACCAGACGAUACGCGUUUAGUUACGAGGCGGGACAACAGGUGAACAAGAAAACGUUUAUUUACUGCAAAGACAAAUCACAAAUUUUUAAGGAAACCAACACUAAGAAGCUAGCCUGAGCUGAGAUCUGAAAUAUUCAGAAAACAAAACUACGUGUCUUUAAUAGUUUCUAUCAUCAUUAAUACGACACACUAAAUGAUAACGUCCUUGUAGAUAUAAAAGUCCCCCAAUCGUCCUCGUUUUUUUUCCCUGUAAAACACAACACGCGUCGGUUCGCUUGCCAGUUUGAGAAUAUACAUGUAUGGAGCAAACUCAACACAGGAAAAAGAAAGUCACGUGAAGUUUGUAUAUAUUAUAUCAGGUACCGUUACAUUAUCCAAAAAGGGUGAGAAAGAAAUCACGAAAAGCACUAAAGUCAACAUAUCCGAUAAAAUAUUCACUAAAUAAACAAAUAAUUAGGAAACAAAUAAAUAGAACUUCUCUUUUUAGUUUGAUAUACACAUUUUGGUGAGUUAAAAGGCUUCUCCAAAUGCCGCCGCUCGACGCUUGUCCCGGCAUCGAGCAGCGUGCUACAGAUGGCCACGACUCACCAGACUGUCAAAUGGCACCUAACGAAUCUCAAAAAACAGGUCACAGCAUUCAGAAAAUAUCAUUGGACAAAGAAGAAAUCACAAUCAGAAGAAAACAUGAGGGUUUUUUUUUCCCCACUUUUUUUUUUUUUUUUUUUUACUAAACGGGAACUCUCCUGGUGCUUUUAACACUUCUAUACAUCAAAAAAGUUUGUAGGUUCAUAAUGUUUCUGCAGUCUUUUUUUUUUUUUUGGCAGCCCCUGUCCAGUGUGUGAUGACUGCUGUUUAGACCAAGUCUGGCCAACCUCGGACACAGUGGCCACCGAGGCCAUCUGCUGCAGCUGGGGCGAAAUGAAAGGCACCGGAGUUUUCUGUGGUUCAGUGAAGCUGUUAUUUCGUUCAUGUGGAGGAGAUUCUACCGGAUUUCUUUUCAAACUUAGGGAUCUGGAAACGGAUUGGGUUUUUUUUCCUAAUGACAAAUCAAACGCUAUACCACUGGCAGCAAUAACAUCAGGCAGGUUUCAGUUCAAGAACUAUACAGGUGCAUUUUUAACAAGUGAAAAUAAAAAAAAAGGUUUAUUUAAGCAUAAACAACACAUAAUGAUGCAUUGUGUUUCCAUUAAUUUCGGCGAUAUCUUACAGCUAAAGAAAACACAAAAUUCAGUUUCUCUGAAAUUUCAAGUGGUACAUAAAGAUCAGUUGUUUUAAGAAAGAAAUUUAAAUACAGAAAAGUUAAACUAUGGCUUCCAAAAUCAUGGUGAAGAUCACAUGAAGAACCUGGCUUUUUCUGAGUGGAGUAACUAAGAGUGGAAAAGUUAAGUGGAAGAAAAAAAGUGUAGUAGAAGGUACACAACAGGCUACAUCUCUCACAUUCCAAAGCCAUCAGCGGUCAAAAAGCCCUCUUUUUUUUAGGAAAGGAAAUAAAUAAACUUUAAAUGUCACUUUGAAAUUGAAGUUCAGUGUAACGUUUCCAGUGAUUAUUUAAGGAGCCAUGUCCUUUUUUUUUUUAAGUCCAAAGUCGAAGAGCCUAAUGGAGAUAUAGAGUCCAUUUUUCCAGGAGAAUUUUGUUCCUGCCUGCACUGCCAAGCGUUUUAACACCUGCUUUAAUGGGCGUGGCAUCACUGCCCUCGAUUGGUCAGCAAACGGACCUGGCCUGGAUCCCACACAGAAUCUAGGGAGGAUUUCUGAGAAAUCAGCAUUUUUCUGUUUUUAUUAGCCGUAAGAUAAAAACGUGAAAAUUAACAGAAAUAAAUGCGUGAAAUAUCUCAGUGUUUGACGAAUCUAUGAGUUUUAAUGCAUUUAAUAAAUAAAAAAAACAACACAUUUUUCAGUAAUGUUGAAUUUUUUUUAGAUGCACCUGUAAUCUGAUUGAAAAUGAAAUGGGGGGGGAGAGAUGGUUAGAUUGGUGAGAACAGCAUAUCCAGCAGCUGAACCCAACCAGAAAGCACUUCAAAUUUAAAGAGCACACAACUGAGAUUGAAACAAAAAACAAACAAACACCGUUCAGGCACUAAAUAUAAAAAUCACGAUCCACAUUGUUUGGUAAAAAUUUGCAACAAGGAAUCAGAUUAAUUCAAGAACAGCAAAAGAUGAACUGUAGCCAUGUCGGAGACAAAAGAAGGUUUUUAUAACUUAAUCCAAGAUUGAGGGCCUUUUUAAAAGUUUUAAAUGGAGUAUUAUUCUUCAAUUCAUCAAGUUGAGAGAAUGUGGAGAUGAACCAUUACAGUUUUUUUUAUUUUCUCAUGUUUUAAGCCACAGUUUCCACUUAUUGCCUGAACUUGAACAGUUCUUUUAAAAGAGUAAGGUGGGUACAAAAAAGGUUAGAAAGAAAGAAAGAAAGAAAGAAAGAAAAAGGCCUUGAAAGCAUAGUUCAUUUGUCUUUUCGAGACUUUUAACAAUCCCCAACAAAUAAAACUAGAAAGCCAGAUCUAAGUGUGGACAGUUUCUAGAUCGGGUCAAAUAUUUCAAGACGGCACGAUCAGAGCGAGAACCUGGCUUCCUUUUCAAAACUCCCCCCAACAAACAAGCAACCCCCUCGAGUCCGCUGACUCGCUAACGUAAAUCACACAAUGUAUUUGCACUUUCCCACCCUAUUCAAUGUUGAGGCCCAUCUAAGUUGCACAAGAACAAAAAAAAAA